UCUCUUUUGCCGCCCAUCGGGUAGGCAGGGCUGCGAUUUUUGCUUUCAGUUGUUCCAGCGUGCAACGCAUCCAGCAUUUUUUAUGAAGCGUCUCACUUCGCACAGUGCGCAUAUAAAUGCCCUGUUCGAUGGCUGGCGAUGCGAGAAGAAGGUGUCAAGAUCUUGAUACCUUUGUUUAUGAUUUAGUAUGACCGUGAUGCGAAGUGCACUGCUGCUGGUCGCCAUUUUGGCUGCCAUCGCAGGAACCUUGGGUGACUCCAGCAACAGCUACAGCAGUUACCGACUGCCGAAAUCGAUCACACCCGAACAUUACAAUCUGCGCGUUUACACACAUCUCGGCGAUGAGCGAGGAUUCAUCUUUUACGGCCGUGUUGCGAUACGGUUCCUCUGCCACGAAGCUGCGGACAGUGUUGUGUUGCAUUCGAAAAAUUUAACACUCCUCGAGCAGCAAAUAACGUUGCACGAAGUAAGCCCGGACGUCCCGCAAAAGGCGUCGCGCGAAAUGGACGUUAAGGGUGUGGAGUACAUUACCGAGCAUGAUUAUGCCGUGUUUCAUGUGAGCACAGCGUUGCGGAAAGGUGCCCGUUACGAGCUGACGAUCCCGUUCGAGAGUGGCCUCGGUACCGGACUGCUCGGCUACUACCGUAGCAGCUAUCUGGACAAGCGCACCAAGCAGAAGGUUUGGCUGGCGGUGACACAGUUCGAACCGACGUACGCGCGCCAAGCGUUCCCGUGCUUUGACGAGCCCGAAAUGAAGGCAACGUUCGACAUAUCCUUGGCACACCACGAACGGUACGUUGCGCUAAGCAAUAUGCCGGUGAACCGCACCGUACCGGUGGAGGAUAUGCCGGGCUGGGUUUUGGACGAGUUCAACACGACGGUGCCGAUGUCCACGUACCUGGUGGCGUACACCGUGAACGAUUUCGAAUAUCGCGAAGCGACGACAUCGGAACCGGGCGAUGUGGUGUUUAAAAUUUGGGCCCGCCGCGACGCGAUCGAUCAGGUAGACUAUGCGCGUGACAUAGGGCCACGGGUGACGCGGUUCUACGAGGAUUACUUCCACCAGAAGUUCCCGCUGCCCAAGAUCGAUAUGAUCGCGAUACCGGACUUUGCGUCGGGCGCGAUGGAAAACUGGGGUCUCAUCACGUACCGCGAGACGGCGCUGCUGUACCAUCCGAACAUCUCCACCGCCAGCAACAAGCAUCGCGUUGCGUCGGUAAUUGCGCACGAGCUGGCGCACCAGUGGUUCGGCAAUCUGGUUACGAUGCGUUGGUGGACGGAUUUGUGGCUUAACGAAGGUUUCGCUACGUACGUUGCUAGUCUCGGUGUCGAUUAUCUGCAUCCCGAGUGGUACUCGCUCGAGGAGGAGUCCAUAUCGAACACGCUGGAUAUUUUCAAGUUUGACGCACUGCUGUCGAGCCACCCGAUAUCGGUAGAGAUUGGCCAUCCGAAUCAGAUAUCGCAAAUCUUCGACGCCAUCUCGUACGAGAAGGGUUCGAUCGUGAUACGCAUGAUGCACCUGUUCCUGAGCGAAGAAACGUUCCGCGAUGGGGUGAGCCGAUACCUCCGGCGGCAUGCUUACGGUAACGCGGAACAGGACAAUCUGUGGGAGGCUCUAACGGAGGAGGCACACGCUAACGGUGUGCUGCCCGAUUUUAUUGACGUGAAGCGGGUGAUGGAUUCGUGGACGCUGCAAACCGGAUAUCCUAUCAUUACGGUCACACGCAACUACGAUGCCAACUCGGCGGAGAUAACGCAAACCCGUUUCGUCUCAUCGGAAGUGCCGGCGGAUCGGAACGUGACGGACUACUGUUGGUGGAUUCCGCUGACGUACACUACCGCCAAGUCGCUGGAUUUCAACGACACACUGCCGAAGGGUUGGAUGGAAUGUACGAACGGAACGAGCAAUGGGCACCAGGUUAAAGUAAUGGACGAUCUGCCGGAUUCGGAGCACUGGGUGAUCUUUAACGUACAGCUGGCGGGAUUGUAUAAGGUCAAGUAUGACAAGACCAAUUAUCGGCUGAUUAUCGCCCAGCUGAAUGGGCCGAGCUACGAUGCGAUCGGGCUGCUCAACCGUGCGCAAUUGAUUGACGACGCGAUGGAUCUCGCCUGGACGGGGCAGCAAAACUACGGCAUCGCCUUCGCCAUGAUCAACUACCUGCGGCAGGAGACGGAGUACAUUCCCUGGAAGUCGGCCCUCACCAACCUGAACAGCCUGAACAGAAUACUGAAGCGCACGCCGCUGUACGACAUUUUCAAGAGCUACGUCCAGUACAUACUGGAGCCGAUCUACGAGCGUUUGGAGGUGUUUAACGUGACCAGAAAACCGACCGACCGGCUGGACGCAAUCAAACAGUUAACGCUGAUUGCCUCGUGGGCCUGCCGGUUCGAGGUGGGCGAUUGUGUUGACCGUUCCGUGCAGCUGUUCGCCCGCUGGAUGAACGAAGCCAACCCGGACGCGAACAAUCCUGUCCCGAUCGAUUUGCGGCCGGUCGUGUACUGUAACGCGAUACGCCAGGGUAACGAUACGCAGUGGAACUUCCUGUGGCGUCGCUAUCUGCAGAGCAACGUCGGUGCGGAGAAGAUCAUGAUCAUCGGUUCGCUAGCCUGCACGCGCCAGCUCUGGCUGGUGGAACGGUUCCUCCAGUGGUCCCUCAACAGCACCUCCGGCGUGCGCAAGCAGGACGCCACGAUCCUGUUCAGCAGCGUUUCGCGCAACGAUGCUGGCUUCAACGCAGCGAAAAGCUUCUUCCUAACACGUGCGGAUGAGAUUUACGAGUACUUGAGUCCCGAUACUUCGCGACUGUCGCGCUACAUAAAACCGCUGGCGGAGCAAAUGUUUUCCACCCAGGAGGUGCAGGAGCUGAACGAGCUGAUACGGAAGAAGACCGCACUGUUCGAGAAGGCUAAUCAGGGAGUGAAGCAAGCGCUGGAAACGGCACAGACGAACAGCAAGUGGGCUGAGACUAACAUCAACAAAAUGGAGCGCUUACUGCCGAUGUUAACCUCUCGGUCCGCCGCAGACCAUCUGCUAAAUUUGAUAGAUACCUAAAGAUCCAUCGUCGCUAAGCGGAGGUCUUCCUACGGCACGGCCGGGGCUCAAAUCCCACCCGGACCGUCAUCACCCUUCGUAGUGAGGGCCGGUCCUGAGAGGUCGUUAAACCGAAUAGUACUUAAAAAAGGGGUUAACAAGCCCAACAGCAGCAGCACACAGGAAGAUAUCAUUGAAUUUGUUUUAAACAUUCUAUGGGCGGCUUUUUUGUUGUUGUUGUUGUAAUGUCCAUCGAUUGAUUGAUCAAUCAGCAGCGAUUGAUUUAUAGUGUGCGUGACACGGUGUAAUGCAGGCCAUCAAUUUUAAUAAUAAAAACAAAACACAAAAAGAAAACACAUUUACAAAUGCUGCUUCGUUUUACUACGUACAACUUAAUUGUAUUGUUUUACAUGUUUUUUAAAUAAAUAGCCGAAAUCACAAAUUAA